GCACGGCGGUCCGAGAUGAGUUUAGUGGGUUGUGGAAUAUUUGGUUGAAAAGAAGCGGUCGGGAUGGCAGUGAAAGUAAUCUUGUUCUUGUACAGGUCUUCUAAACAGCUUCCUAAACGCCAAAUACGGCCGACGAUAUAAACCGAGAGGGCAGAAGAGGAACUACGACAACUGAUGUGAAUUUAAAGUCAGGUCGGAACAAAAAGGAAGAGUCGAGCAGUGGGUCCGGUGGCGUUCUUAAUUCAACACCGUCGAAACUAAAGAAUGUUUUUUCCACCAAGCUAGCUGUGUUUUAGUAAACGCUUCGCGGCUUCCCGAGCGACCUAAACACCAUGCUGAAAAAAGAAGUCAAAUGUGUCCUCUGAUAUAUUUCAUGGAUUCCAUGUGACGGUUUGAGGAUGGGACAGGGUGGUGUCGGGACUGACUGCAGCCCUGGAGGCUGAUGAACCUGCUCCAUCGGCCAGUCAGGAUGCACAUAGCAUCAGUGGGUGUCAGCAAGUUCUGCUUCCUGUUCUCCCUUGCAUUCUGUGGCCUCUUGCUUCUGCUCAUCCCUGCCCUGCAGCCCCCAGCACGCCAGGUAGACCUGCCUCAGCCCCGACCCCAAGUGAGACCUGCACAGGCAGGCUCGUCACACCAUGUUCCAGCAGUGUCUGUCCAUGCAGGAGAAACUGAAUCCGCCACGGGGCUCAAUGGGAGCUCAGCGGGGCAGGGGGGAUCUAUUCAGACUGACGUUACCAUGAAUAAUAACAAUAUUCUCAAGAGUGGGAUGAAAAGAGGGGCUCUCCCUGGAGGAAAGGGUGGUGGACUAUCUGGGUCUAGGUCUCGGGACCUGUUAGACUUUAAGGACAUUUUUAUUGCAGUGAAGACUACCAGGAAGUACCACAAGUCCAGAUUAGAGUUGCUGAUUCAGACUUGGGUUUCCCAAGCUAAAGAACAGACCUACAUAUUCACUGACGGGGAGGACAAGGAGCUGCGGCUGAGAACAGGAGCUAACAUCAUCAACACUAACUGCUCAGCAGCUCACACCCGGCAGGCUCUAUGCUGCAAGAUGUCUGUAGAGUACGACAAAUUCAUUGAGUCUCAGAAAAAGUGGUUCUGUCAUGUGGAUGAUGAUAACUAUGUGAUCCUGCCCAGCCUGCUGCAUCUGCUCUCCUCCUACCACCACAGCCAGGAUGUGUACCUGGGCCGGCCCAGUCUGGAUCAUCCUAUAGAGGCUGCAGAGAGGGUCAAGAGUGACGGAUCGGUGUCUGUCAAGUUCUGGUUUGCCACAGGUGGAGCAGGUUUCUGUAUCAGCAGAGGUCUGGCACUAAAAAUGAGCCCAUGGGCCAGUUUGGGGAACUUCAUCAGCACAGCGGAGAAGAUCCGACUACCAGACGACUGCACCAUCGGCUACAUCAUUGAAGCACUGCUGGAGGUGACCCUAACACACACACACCUCUUCCACUCUCACCUGGAGAACCUACAGAAGCUGCCCACUGACACUGUGCUGGAGCAGGUGACUCUUAGCUAUGGAGGCUUUGAGAACAGAAGAAAUGUGGUCAGCAUUGUUGGGGGCUUUUCACUGGCUGAAGACCCCACAAGGUUUAAGACUGUCCACUGCCUUCUGUAUGCAGAUACUGACUGGUGUCCAAAACUCAAACACCGCCACAAAAACUGAAAGCCACUGUGUGUUUUCAUCCAGCAGCACUGAUACCUGCUGAACCUUGGUCCCACUGCCUCUUCCUGCCAUGUUUGGACCCAGCUACGGUUAGCUGGAAAUAAUUCACACGUCAUUCGAUGGAUGCCUUUAUCCAAAGCAACCUCACCUCACACUUCAUGAAUGCACAGUGCUGUUGAUUUGACAGGCAGAACUCAUCAAGUCAAUAAGAAGUGUAGCCAAAGAAUGACUUUUUCUAGAUAGUUGAGCGUGGCUAAAGUCACAAGUGGCCCCAGUGGAAAUCAGCUUUUGAGCAUUACGUAUUAACACUAACCUCAAUGUUCCUCAACAGUCAUUUGAUAUUUUAACCAAAUGUAUACAUUAAUGCCAUGGCCAUUGGGUAGAAAUGGACUCAAAAAAUAAAAUUGAUUCAAGCUGCUGAACGUAAUCCCCAGCUUCUACAAAGCUCAGCCUCCAAGUUCACUCCACCAUUAAGGCAUAUUCACACUGGUGCAGAAACAACUUUGGUGCUGCCUUCAUUUAUGGAGCUCUGCAUGGAUGUCCGCAGUAAGUUCAAAUCUGUCGGGCUUUCACACGAUCUGCACUGAUGUUUGUGCACACAGCCGAUCGAUCUUGAUGGUAAAUUUGUGUUUCAGAAUUUCCAGAACUGUACAAUAAAACAUUGGCCUCAUAUUGAGACCAGGCAAAAUAUUGGCAAACAGAUGCAACUACCAGGUUUGUUACAGAAACUGUUUGAGUCUCUGAAACAUGGCAAUCUACUGCAAGCAGUAUUAGCAUUGUAGCUAAGAUUGGUGUAGCACUGUUUUGUUGGCUCAGCAGUAGUAUAAAAUUCUGGAUUUUGUCAACUAUUUCUUACAGAGCAGUUAAUAAAAGGAUCCCCUCACAGUCAGUAUGGAGGAGCGAUUACAGCGUUCUUUUAAAAUAUAAAUGAACAUGUUUAACUUGUAUUAAGACAUAUUUGGACAGUAGAAGACGUCCUACUUCCAGCCUUUAUCAUGGAAUCGAUAAAGGAAAAAUUAGUUCAAAUAUUCCCAUCCAUCCAUUGUGGUUUAAAAGCAUACUAUGUAGGUAGGUAAAAACAAUGUAUAGACUCAUACAACAGAAUCCCUCUCAGUCAUCACUUGUGACCCACUAGAAAUUUGUGGCGGUGUCUGUAUCUGCAGAGAGUAUUUUCUGAUUUUGCUGUGUGGAGGAUGUUUUUGGGUGUCAACCUUUGGUCAGCACACAGGGUGAGGUUGGGUAAAAACAUAGCAAGCAGAUUGUUGUGUGGAGAUAGGUCUGGCAGGAUUGUGUGGAGGUGCGAUCAGAAACAAAUCUUUGAUUUCGGCAAUGCGCUCCCUCAAUCCAUGUUCUACCAUUGCUGCUUGAGCCAGGGUGCAGGGGCCAACUUUGAAUUGUGCGUUUUUAUCAUCAUUGGGCUAGGUUACUGGCCAAGGCUACAGAAGUGCAUGAAUGAUAUAGUAGUAUAAUAGAGUAUAAAGGAAGUCAGUGCAUUUACAGUUCCUGCUUUGACAUUCAUGUUUUCCAGACGGCUAACUUUUACUCUGAAAUCUAGUGGCUCUUUGGCUCAACCGAAGACGACCUCCGUCUACUAGAAAUAGUUCUGAAACUCCACUCUGUAUGUCAGUGCCAUGCUCCUUCCACUGAGUCGAGAAGCACUUGAGGCAUAUGCUACAGUAUUUGAAGGACCCCACAGUAUUAUCAUUGCCUUGAGUUCCAUACUCAACUGUUAUGAGGACUUGGAUGUGUCCGUAUUUAAUCAAAGAGCUUACUUGAUUCUGUCAUCCACAAACCACUGACUCUUAUUGUUUUAAAGUUCAUUUCGCCACUUUAUUCGCUUUUCAUGUUACCACAAGGUUAACAUAAGAGAACGGAAGAUGGUUUCUUUAGAAGGAAAUAUUGUUGAGGUACUUUUAAGGAAUCUGAUUAAAAUGUAUUGCAAUUAUUGAUUGACCGUUUUGGUCUCAAACAUGAACAGAACCGAUGUUUAAUGUGACCAGAUAUGAAAUUAUGUUUGAGUGACUGACAGGAAACCUCUGUGGAAGGUUUGUCUGCUGCACACAUUUAUUUCAGUUUGUUGGAAUUGUUCUGAUGCCUUCAUAUUCUCAGCCAAAUACCUUCUCCUUGUAUUAGCCUGUUUCUAACUGGCCCAUCUUUAUAGUUUUGCACUACUUUGAUACUUUGAUCUUGUUACUUCCUGUAUGUUACUGACUGGAAUUAAAUUUUACAGUGUUGGUGUAAAUAUGAGUGAAUUUCAUUAUGUAUUCUUUGUUUGAGUAUGUUGUAGUUUCAGCUCUGCAUACACUUCUUUAAGGCGGAGCUAAAAAAGAUAAACAAAGAGUGAGUUUGUUGGAGUUUGACUUCAGUGGAGCCAAAGAUUGCCAUCAAAUUGACCCCUGACCGACCAAAAUUUAAGUGAAAACAUGAUAGAUAUGAGCAAAAUUACAAAAAAGUAAGCAAAUGUGGCCAUCAGUAAACGUUUUCACUUGAUAAGAGUUCUUAAAAUAAGGCCAAGAAAAAGUCUUUCAAUGAUAUCAACAAGGCUAAUUUCAAGAAAUUCUUAUUAAUACUCUAGAGCGCUGCAGGAAUGAGUCCUAAAACUCAGAACUGAGUUAGCAUUUUAGCACCUUCAGUUCCCUCUCCUUAAAGUCGAUGGUUUUUUUUAAAUGGGAUUUUGGUUAGAUGCCUGAAAUAAGGUCUGUGGUUAACACAAGCUUAACAGAUUUUUCAUAUUUUGUUCUACGACAUAAAACACAUCAGUAAAUACCCCACCUGUGAAUGUUGAAGCUUUUACGUCUUACAAAGGUGGUUGUUAACAAGCGGCUAAGUGAGACCACAGAGGUUUACUCACUACUCCGCCUUUACAGCUGCGCUGUGUUAAUACUCGCACUCAAGCAAACUAUUCUAACUCAAACUUUACAACUUGUAAGUUUUACAAUUAUUUUCUGCAAUAAUUCAAAAUCCAGCUGAAAAAUCUCAUUGGCUUUUUGUCAAAGGAACCUUGUCUCACACUCCUGGCAGUAAGACGUGAUUACACAAACACUGUCACUGCAUACUUAUGACAUUACAUAACGCUCAUAGGCCUGGAAAGGCCUAGACUUGUGUUCAGAAAUAGUUACAAAAAAGUGCAGUUAUACAUUAUUUAAAGCACACUCAGAGGAAACUUCUCUGACACUUCUAGGGGAUAUUGCCGCAGACACCAGAUUUAAAUAUCUGUGAAAUAUAGAGAGGUUUACCUGUUGGUGGGAAGCUUUAUCAGCAUUGUGUGAACUUGUUUAGCAAGGGCCUCAAUGUAAUGGAUGUUAACUAUAUGCCGUUCUUACAUUUGAACCAUCUUCAAAAUGUGGCUUGCUCAACUGUAAUUGGAGCACAGAGCAAAAAGGGUCGAUUGCAAUCACUUAAGGGAUCCUCUGACGUUUCAUCACUUCAUCAGGUGAAAUUUAUCAUUUGUCCAAUUGACCUUUUUCACAGCAGCCAGUCAGUCAAAAUGAAAUACAAAACUAAUGUUAUUCCUGUCAUUUAGUGCUAAUUAGCUAAUGUUAGCCUGCUGACAAGCUAAACUAAUGAACAUGGUAAACAUGCCUGUUAUCACCAUAUCCCACAUCACCCUUGUGAGCAUUUAAGUACAGCCUCAGAGUAGUCAUGUUUCUAGCUAUUUAACAUUACACUGGAAUCAGGUGAAAAGUUUUCUUCUCUAGAAACUAACUGAAGAAAUGCCUCACUAGCCACAGCCAUAUUGUUUCCUAAAACAAUAAAUAAAACUACAAAUGCUCAUUAGAAAAUAGAAAAGGAAGUCCUUGCAGACCGCUUUUCCUUCUUUGCACUGGACCAGUUUUCUGACUUGUAAACUAACUGUACACACUGCUUCUUUGGCUCCACACACUCAGCUUACCCCAACCAGCUGCAGUAUUUCUGCCUGUAAAAAGUAUUUGUGGGAAACACCUCCACACAAGACUAGAAUCCAAAAUCCAGAGCAUGUGUCCCGCUGCAGGUCGGUGGGUGACACUGAGUGAGAGUUGUGUUUUUGUAAACUCUUUACCACUGAUGUAUUAUUGUGUUGUUUCAAUAAAAAUAAAAACCUUUCAGCAUU